GUGAUGACGCGAGCGCCGGGCCGUAGCCCCCAAUCUGGGCCGGAACCGCAGCCGCCGUGGGCUGAGGUUCGAAUGUGGGAGUUGUCCCAGAUGCGGUUGCUGCUGAUGUCGCCCUGGGAGAAUGCCUUGAUGGGUGAUUAGCACCAUUCAGUGAUGGGCUGUGGGACAAGCAAAGUGCUUCCCGAGCCCCCCACGGACGUUCAGUUAGAUCUGGUUAAAAAGGUUGAGCCUUACACUGGUCAUAAAAAUGACGUGUACAAGCACUUCAUCAAGGAUGAUGGUGGAGCUGCUAUCAAAGCUGGCUCCCCCUCGCCUCCUCGUCACACCAACCCCUAUUCCAGUGGCCACCCACCUAACUACAUGGAGCAGCCUGAGCCCCGCAAGAACAAGGUGGCUAAGUACCGUGCCAAAUUUGACCCCAGGGUGACCGCCAAGUAUGACAUCAAAGCCCUGAUUGGCCGAGGCAGCUUUAGUCGUGUUGUGCGGGUGGAACAUAAGGCUUCCAAGCAGCCCUAUGCAAUCAAGAUGAUAGAGACCAAGUACCGGGAAGGGAGGGAAGUGUGCGAAUCAGAGCUCUGUGUGUUGCGACGGGUUCGGCACACAAACAUCAUCCAGCUCAUUGAGGUGUUUGAGACCCAGGAGCGAGUCUACAUGGUGAUGGAGUUGGCCACCGGAGGGGAACUGUUUGAUAGAAUCAUUGCCAAAGGCUCCUUUACUGAGAGAGAUGCUACCCGAGUGCUGCAGAUGGUGUUGGAUGGGGUAAAGUACUUACAUACACUGGGCAUCACGCACCGGGACUUAAAACCAGAGAAUUUGCUGUAUUACCAUCCUGGAACGGAUUCUAAAAUCAUGAUCACAGACUUUGGGCUAGCAAGUGCUCGGAAGAAGGGAGAUGACUGCCUAAUGAAAACCACCUGUGGGACACCAGAGUAUAUCGCCCCAGAAAUCCUGGUCAGGAAACCCUACACCAAUUCUGUGGACAUGUGGGCACUGGGUGUGAUCUCGUACAUCCUCCUGAGUGGAACUAUGCCCUUUGAGGAUGACAACCGAACCCGCUUGUACCGGCAGAUCCUGAAAGGAAAGUACAGUUACUCAGGGGAGCCCUGGCCCAGCGUGUCCAAUCUGGCCAAGGACUUCAUUGAUCGCCUGCUCACAGUGGAUCCCAGUGACAGGAUGACAGCUCUUCAGGCCUUAAAGCACCCCUGGGUAGUCAGCAUGGCAGCCUCCUCCUCCAUGAAGAACCUGCACCGCUCCAUCUCUCAGAACCUCCUCAAGAGGGCGUCCUCUCGCUGCCAGAGCACCAAAUCGGCCCAGUCCACCCGCUCCAGCCGCUCCACCAAAUCCAAUAAGUCGCGGCGGGUGCGGGAACGGGAGCUGCGGGAGCUCAACCUGCGCUACCAGCAGCAAUGCAAUGGCUGA